AUGAAUGCAGUGAUGAAAAUCGGCACACUGCUCAUUGUGACUUUAUCUUGUCUCUGCAUCGUGGAGGGUCUCAUCUGUAAUGUCUGUAAAAAAUCACAGAAUUCAAAAUGUAAAGAAAAUAGAAGCCAAUGCGUUGCAAAAGCUGGUGAAUCAUGUUAUAGCACAUCAUACUAUUAUGGAACUAACCAUGUGUUCUCACACCAAGGGUGCCAGUAUAAAUGCCAGGAAGGAGAAUUAAAAAGAGGACAAUUAUUGACUUACAUAAUGUGCUGUGAUAAAAACUUGUGUAAUAGUUUCUAG